AGGAGGAGGAGGAGGAGGGGGGGGCAGAGUGCUGGAAUCAGUCGCUUGUUCAGAUGGAGGUUUUUCCUCCUGCUGAGGAGAAUCUGACGGCAUGACGACGACUUCCUGAGCAAGAGAGAGAGAGACGUCCUCCGCUCAGUUUCCACGGUGACAGCUUCCCUCCUCUUCCUCCUCCUCCUCCAUCAUCUCUCCGUCUGUCGACUCGUCAGCGUCGUCAGGAUGGGAGAUAAAGGAACCAGAGUGUUUAAGAAAGCCAGUCCCAAUGGAAAGCUCACAGUAUAUCUGGGAAAGAGAGACUUUGUGGACCACGUGGACCUGGUGGAGCCAGUUGACGGCGUCGUCCUGAUUGACCCAGAGUACCUGAAGGAGAGGAAAGUGUUUGUCACUCUGACCUGUGCCUUCCGAUACGGACGAGAAGACCUGGAUGUCCUCGGACUGACCUUCCGCAAAGACCUUUUUGUGGCCAACGUACAGGCCUUUCCUCCCCCGGCGGAAGAGAAGAAGAGUUUGACUCGUCUUCAGGAGCGGCUGAUCAAGAAACUGGGAGAACAAGCCCACCCGUUCACCUUUGAGAUCCCUUUGAACCUGCCAUGCUCCGUAACCCUACAGCCGGGCCCCGAGGACACGGGGAAGGCCUGUGGAGUCGACUUUGAGGUGAAAGCUUUCUGUGCCGAAAACGUUGAAGAGAAGAUCCACAAAAGGAACUCAGUGCGUCUGGUCAUUCGAAAGGUUCAGUACGCUCCGGAGAAGGCCGGCCCUCAGCCGACGGCAGAAACAACCAGACAGUUUCUGAUGUCCGAUAAACCUCUGCACCUGGAGGCCUCUCUGGACAAAGAGAUUUACUACCACGGAGAGCCGAUCAGCGUCAACGUCCACGUCACCAACAAUACAAACAAGACCGUGAAGAAAAUGAAGAUCUCAGUGCGACAGUAUGCAGACAUCUGCCUCUUCAACACGGCUCAGUACAAAUGCCCUGUGGCCACCGAGGAGUCCGAUGACGUCGUCGCUCCCAGCUCGACGUUCUGCAAAGUUUUCACCCUCACCCCGUUUUUGGCCAACAACCGAGAGAAACGAGGCCUCGCUCUGGACGGGAAACUGAAGCACGAGGACACCAACCUGGCCUCCAGCACCCUGUUGAGAGAUGGAGCCAACAAGGAGAUCCUCGGCAUCAUCGUGUCCUACAAAGUCAAAGUGAAGCUGGUGGUGUCUAGAGGCGGGCUCCUGGGAGAUCUGGCGACUAGCGACGUCUCUGUGGAGCUGCCGUUCACGCUGAUGCACCCGAAGCCGCUAGAAGAGUCUGUCUACAGGGACGCUCCUGAUGAAGCUCCGAUCGACACAAACCUGAUUGAGUUUGACACAAACGACGAUGACAUAAUCUUCGAAGACUUCGCCCGCCAGCGGCUGAUUGGUGGAGCGAAGGAAGACAAGGAAGAAGACGAGGAGCCGGCGGACUCACCCAAACUGGACGACAGAUAAAGGCCCGCCGCGCCGCUGCCGUCUCAGUGAAGCUGGUGGAGGUUGUCCCGCCGCCCUCCAAACACCCGGCGGUGCCGUAUUUGUGUCCCUCGUUCAUGUCCGACUUUCCUGCCUCCUCCUGGAGGUGUAAAAAAAGCUAGAUUACCGCCACACAGUCUUGUCUUUCAGAGGGAGGCAGCUCCUCCGCCGCCGCCAACCCCCCCGGACGGCGGGCCGACCUAGGCGGUGGACGCCAUCGCGGCCACCAGCAUGCCUCCAAAAUGUCCCUUUGUCCUACGUGUCUCCACUAGGGAGAGAGCCGGAGUAACGUUGUGUCCAGAGUAGUUUCGUGUGUUGUGUCAGAGUGUCUUCCUCAAGCUCUCUGGAACAGUUCAGCCAUCGAACCCCGGGACAACCCAGAGGCCCGUCAGAGGGAGCAGAUCCAUUGGCCGAGAUGGAGCCUGUGGCCGAGUGUGCAUGAAAUGCUCUGAGGCUUCAUCAUCAACCUUCACAGAGGACGGCCGUGGCUUUAAAAGGGUUUCAUGAGGAUCUCCACCGUGGACUCACCUUCACUGUCCCUGAAGCAGAGCGCCUCCUCUUCACGUCCCCCAGGAAGUCCUUUAAUCAACAACAACAGUUGCUAAGAUCGGAUCAUGUAUAGAUCUACUGGCUGAACUCCAUGUUUAACUAGGUUCACAGUAGAUUAUUCAGUCAAUAAAGUCAACCAACAAUUCAUCCAUAGCUAGUUAGCUAGCAGAUCAUCGACAACCAUCGUACAGCAUGUUGACAUCAUCGAUGGAUGAUGACAGAUGUGGUUCUGCUGAAUGUUCAUAUGAUGCUGCUAAAGCUAAACCGAAGAACCAAUACCAAUAUGAAACUACAACAUCCAUCUGUGUUAGCUAGUAGCUAAUAGCUGCUAUCGGUAGCUACUGCAAUCAUCCGAUCAUUCCUGAUUAUAAUCAAUAAUAAUUAUCUUUGCUACUAGCUAGUAAAGAUCAAUCGAUGGAUCAUUUAUCUAUUUCUCCAUCCACCUAUGCGAUUAUCUAUCUCACAUUUCUUAAACAUUCAAACAUAAAUUUAAUUCCCUAAUUUAUCCCUUUCAGGAACUUUGUUAGGCUGCUCUGAAAGAGGAAUUUAAUAGAAAUAAAAUAUAAUCUAUUUUUAAUGAUUCUUAAAAUAAUCAGCAGAAAUUUGUAAACAAAAAGUGUGCAAAAACACUGGAAUGGUCCUUUAGUGGACUUUAAGGCUAAAAGGAAUUAAAACAAAUGUUAUUAAACCUUUAAUCUCAGAAUCCAGGUUAAACGAUUGUGUGUCUGUGUGUGUGUGUGUGUGGGUGUGUGGGUGUGUGUUAUGGUUGUGUUUACCUGAAUGAACUGCGACAUCACAGGAUAAAGAUCAAAACUUCUACGUUUUUAACAUUAUCUGCAUACAUUUUAUUUUGAAAGGGCCUGUAUGUUAUUGCAAUCAGUUGGUCAUUUUCUAUAAAGGCCAUAGAGGGAGGCGGAGGGGCUGGAUUCAAUCCCAGCUGACAUCCUCCUGGACCAGUCUGCAUGUUAUUCUAUGUUAUUCCACUACAUCUUUAAUUAAAGGACGUUUAUGGCUA